AUGAUUGACGACUCCAAGGAUGAAAAACACCCGCAGGGCGAUGAUGGCGUCGCUGUUGGACGUGUCGACAGUCACGAUGCGCCGCUUGCCGAUACGGCGCGUGUCGUUGACCCCGUCGCCGAGAGGCGUCUCUGCCGAAAGUUUGAUGUCCGGCUUCUACCCGUACUGGCAAUCAUGUACCUCUUCAACGCAUUGGACAAGGGAAAUCUGGGAAAUGCACAGACAGCAGGUCUCACCGACGAUCUCGGCAUGCCCAAAGAACAGUACAACCUCAUAGUCUCCAUCUUCUUCGUACCCUAUGUGCUCUUUGCACCGCCAGUCGCCAUGGUUGGCAAGCGUUUUGGACCUGCCCGCGUCCUACCGAUUCUCAUGUUUGUCUUUGGUUCCAUGACCCUGUGUACCGCCGCCACCUACAACUUUGGGGGCAUCUUUGCUCUACGCUUCUUCCUCGGUGUGGCCGAGGGUGGCUUCUUCCCACUCGUGAUCUAUUACCAGACUACAUUCUACCGUCGUGGCGAGCUCGCGCGACGCUUGGCCAUUUUCUACGCCGCCUCGAAUGUUGCCCACGCCUUUAGUGGUCUGCUUUCAUUUGGUGUUUUCCAAAUCAAGUCGCAUCUGGAGUCGUGGCGCUAUCUAUUCAUUAUCGAGGGGACAGCGUCGGUGCUGUUUUCAGUCUUUGCUUUCUGGUAUCUCCCACGCGACGCAGCGUCGGCCAAAUUCUUGAAUGAGGAGGAGAAAGCUCUAGCCUACCACCGAAUGGCUGUUGAUUCCUCGUCUAUUGUGUCGGAGGAAUUCAAUCUCAAGGAUGCUCUCAAGAUCUUUUCCUACCCCACGACCUAUGGAUUUCUCCUGAUUGAGAUUUGCCUCGGCGUACCUCUGCAGUCCGUGUCGCUCUUCAUGCCCCAGAUCAUCCAGAGACUUGGAUACGAUACGGUCAAGACCAACUUGUACACAGUGGCUCCCAACGUCGGCGGUGCCGCAAUGCUCUUGAUACUGGCUUUUAGCUCCGACUUUUUGCGUCUCCGCUUUCCCUUUAUCAUGCUAGGUUUCAUCUUUACCUUUACGGGCUUCAUCAUCUACGCCGCCAUCACCGAUGUUGAGGCCCAAUUGCACCUGGCCUACUAUGCCUGCUUCAUGAUGGUAUGGGGCACGUCGGCCCCGUCGGUGCUUCUCUCCACCUGGUAUAACAACAAUAUUGCUCACGAGGGUCGUCGUGUCCUCCUCACCUCGGUCGGUGUUCCUCUGGCCAAUCUCAUGGGCUUGGUGUCGAGCAAUAUCUUUCUCUCGCGAGAGGCACCCAAGUACCAGACGGCGCUCAUCACUACGGCAACGUUUGGUGCCGUGGGUGCAUUUGUGGCGGGUUGUCUGGGCACUUAUAUGAUUUUUGACAACCAUAGGAGGAACCGCAAGGCCGGGGUCAAGACUUUCGCGCGCGAUAUUCCUACUUAUAAACUGCGGGAUGGGCCGAGUGUACCGGAAUUCCGCUGGUUUCUAUGA